CAAACGACGAGCUGGAGAGCUGGCGACCGAACGAUACUCGAGGCGGCUGGCGGCGAUGGACGACCGAGCGGAGACGCAACGAAUCGAGGAGCGGCUCCCGCAGGGAACCGACGAGUGGCUCGCGAGACCUCGGCUGUCGACGACUUCGCGAGGAACGAUCACGCCGGUGGUGAUACUGCAGCCGCUGUCCGCGCCGGUCGGCGACGUGGUGAUGUACACCGGGCCGUUGCAGCCGAUCAGCUGGCAGCUCCACGGGAUAGGCAGGGAGUUCGGCGGCGGGACACAACCUGCGGAUGUCGCGAUCACACAAGACAAGCGCAGGGUCGACGUCGGGCCGACGCGAGCAAGCAAGUCGAGGCGGAUGGAUCGGCGCCUCACCCACUGGCAGUGCAUCUACUGCCGGCGCGAGACGCGGAACGAUGCACGGGCGACGAGUUGCUGGAACUGUGGUGGCGAGAAGGAGCAGCUCCGAGAUGCGGACAGUGAAGGGCGCGAGGCGGCACGCCGCGGGCAACGUGCGAAGGAGUACGCUGGCAGAUCGCUGAACGCCCUCGGUGCUGGCACGUCGCUGGUGCCGCGAGCCGCGCAGGGAGUGUUCGAGCAGUACACGGGGGCGGCUUCUUACCUGCGAAAGGAGGAGUCCAUGCUCGGGGUGAUGGAGUCGUACUACGUCGUGCACACGGGCGCUCGGGUGGGCGUGUUUGAUGAGGAGAAGCGGUCCCACAUGACGGGCACGGACGUUGCUCGUUUCUUCAACGCGAUCGGGCGCAAGGCGGCGGUGGGCGUGCCGGGCGAGACUACCUUUCCCAUGGGCGGCUACUUCAACGAGUUCCGGCGUGAAGGCAUGACCAUCGAGCUCGUGCGAGAGCUGCGCAGAGCGGUCACGUUCGCAAUCGCUGCGGCCGGCGGCGACGUGACGGCGAUCACGAAGAACGCGAGGACUUUCAGCGAGUGGUA